AAAAUUGAAAAUUCCUUUCGUGGUAGUGGAGGCACAUUAAAAAUAUGCGAGUUGUUUAAAUCUGUCUUUGAAUUGUAUUGUGUCACUGCCUGUGCUGUGUGCUGUGCUGUGUUGCGUUGUGUCCAUUCCCCCGAAAAGGAGAAGGAGAAAAUGAAAUGGGAUAUGCAGAUGGAGGAAAUCGAAGCGAUUAUGGAGAAAAUUUGGGACCUCCACGACAAGCUCAGCGACGCCAUUCACUCCAUCUCCAGAUCCCACUUUCUCACUUCCGUCAAAAUCCUCAAAAACAACUCUCCACCGCACCUUCCCAACGCCGCCGCGGAUGACCGCUCUUCCGGUUUCGUUUUCGUCAAGGACUUCAGGCCCGCCGACAACGACAGUGACGGCGACUCCGCCGUCCGCGAAGCCAAGAGCCUCAACGCCAUCCGGUCCGCCCUCGAGAACCUCGAAGACCAGCUCGAGUUCUUCCAUACUAUACAAACCCAGCAGUGUGUUGAGAGAGAUGCUGCAAUUGCACGUUUAGAACAGAGCAGAAUUGUUCUUGCAGUGAGGCUGGCAGAACACCGUGGUAAGAAGUAUAAAGUCAUUGAAGAAGCUCUUGCUUUUAUUGGAGAUGUACGUGAUGCAGGCAGCCUUGUUGCACCUGAUAUUUUCUAUGGACAACCAAACUGUUCUGCUGAGAAUAUAGCGACUGAGAAAGCAAAGAGAUCUAAUAUUCUUAUCAAUAUUUUUAUCUCAAGUUUCAAUUUUGUGAAGAGAUCUCUUGGAUUGGAUCAUAUGGGUGGAAUAGUGGGCAAUGCUGCUUUGGUUGCAGUUAGCAUGAUAGCUUUGCUUCAUUUACAUCAGGUAACUAAUCAUGAGCAGCCAUUUGGACAAGAAAAUACUGUUCACAGAAACAGUACCAUGAGAAGAACUAGAUUGGUUGGUUCUUCAUCCGAAGCCCAUUCCAGUAAUUUGGAUGUAUUGUUAGCCAGAGGUUAGGAUUAAACUUCUAUCUCGUGAUGAAAUGAUGAGCAGGUUAUUUUCAGUGUUCUCUUUUUUUUUUUCCUUUUUUGUGCUCUUGUUCCUUUUUAUCCCUCGGUUAUAAAGAAGGCAUGAGACCUGGUGUUGUGAAGGGAGGAUAGUCUAAAGCGGAGGCAAAGCUUAGUGUCACUUGUGCUAACUGCUAAGGCUCUUGAGCGCGUCUUCUUGGUUUUUGUUGCCACCAAAAUUUUUGAAAGUGGCAUUAUAGUUGAUCUGAAAAGGUGCAAGAUGUAGUUUGUGUUUGCUGAAUUCUUUGUUGAGGUGCAGGUGCUUGAAGUAUUAGAGUUAGUUGAAAGUUAAUACAAAUGUAUCUUCUUUCUGCUAGGUAGUGUCAUCUGUGGUAGAUUCCUGCGUAAUUUUUGCCAACUUUUGUUGAUGGAAUGUGAAUGUCCUAUGCAAAUAUUUUGGUGUAUUAUUUUUGAAGUAUUAUGUGAAUACUUUUACGUUGCAAUGAAGGAAAUAUUUUGGUGUUACCUUUAAA